AAAUCAUUGCAAUUAAACGGAGCUUAGUGCUCCAUCUGUCCAUUCUGUUAUACAGCAGCAUUCUAGAAUAUUACCGACGUGCUCUGUUGUUGUGGAAUUUAUUGCUUGCGUUUGUGAUGCCUUAAUACACCGACACUGUCUUCGAUCUCCGGCAGUAAGAAGAUGGCGCCUCUCUCUCUCCCUUCAUCUGCGCUCAGAACUUUCUGUCCCUUCAACAACAGCACCGAGGGAUCUCUAUCUCUUGACGCUCCGCGUCGCCCGCUCAAGCUCUUCUUCGAUGUCUCUCGAAGCUCUGGCUCACUCAGCUACAAUCCCCUCAGGUUCUCGGUGGAUUAUAAGGGAAUGGUGAUGAAGACGGAAAAAAGGAAGAGGGGACUCGGUGCGAUUUGUUACUCUGCGCCUCUUGCUCGUCAUACCCUCCAGUGGAUCUCCACCGUUUCGUCUGCGGUGUUAUUGGUUGCCAGUGGCACUGCUGUUCAGAAAUCGUUUAUUGUUCCUUUAGUUGCUCUGCAAGCUCCAGCAAGUAUCAUCUCAUGGAUUAAGGGAGAAUAUGGUUAUUGGGCUGCAUUCCUGGCACUUCUUGUCCGUCUAUUCUUCUUCAUUCCUGGUGAACUUGAGUUACCGUUAGCGGCAUUACUGUUGGUGAUUGUAGCUCCUUAUCAGGUUAUGAACCUACGUGGAACUCAGGAAGGUGCUAUUAUUUCCUUGGUAAUUACGGGAUAUUUGGCUUUCCAGCAUUUCUCACGAGCAGGCAGCAUGCAGAAAGCAUUUGACCAAGGUAAUGUGGCUUGGGCAUUAUAAAUGGUAUCAGAGUUUUAUCCCAACAAAAAAUAUGAGACUUGAGCUGUGCUACCUACGAUGGACUGGCCUGACGAGGACGUUGGGAAUAUAAGGGGAGGAGAUUGUGAUACCUCAUUUUGAUAAGUGAUAAGGGUAGGUAAUGUAUGAGAUCUUACAUUGCUUGAGAAUGAGAAGUUCUUGCUUUUUAUAAUGUUUUAGUGGGACUCCAAUUGUAUCAUUGACUAGUCCUUUUGGAGUAUAGGUCAUGUGGAUUGGGCCUUCCAUUGAAGGGCAUACAUGCAUAAUGCUUUUAUAAAAUUACAUGUUUACCGUAUGUACGUGUAAGAGGGUAUGUUACAUUAGUGUGUGAUGCAAUGCCAUUUGAAUUUUGGAGGUC